AUGCAGUGAAGUGGGUAUAGGAUAUGAUAUGAUAUCAAAGAUAAAAAAAAAUGGAAGAAGUGAAGAUGUUGAGUUUCUGGGCAAGUCCAUUUGCGUUAAGAGUGAUUUGGGCACUCAAAUUGAAGAGAAUUGAGUUUGAAACAAUAGAAGAAGAUCUUCCAAAAAAGAGCAAUUUACUCCUUCAAUUUAAUCCUAUUUACAAGAAGGUUCCUGUGUUUUUGCACAAUGGAAAACCCAUUUGUGAAUCACUUUCCAUUAUUGAGUAUAUAGACGAGACAUGGAAACAAUAUCCUUUGCUGCCUCAAGAUCCUUUAGAUCGAGCCAAGGCUAGAUUUUGGGCUAAAUUUGGUGAUGAUAAGGUGUUAAAGUCAGCAUUUUAUGAUACAUUUGUGAAGCAAGGAAAAGAGCAAGAAGAAGGAAUAGCUUCAACAAUGGAGAAUUUGAAAUACCUAGAAGAUGAGCUUGUAGGAAAAACAUAUUUUGGAGGAGAAAAAAUUGGAUUAGUGGAUCUUUCAUUGGGUUGGGUUGCUUGUUUCAUUAGUGUAUGGGAAGAAAUAAUUGGUCUCAAAAUUAUUGACCAAGAAAAAUUCCCAUUGGUAGCACAAUGGAUUCAAGAAUUUUCUAAUGAUCCCAUCAUCCAACAAAACUGGCCAUCUAGAGAUAGACUUGUGGCCAGGUUUUCUGCUAUUAGACAAUCUUAUUUAAAUAAAUAAAUAUAUAGGUAAACUAUAAGUUAAGAAGAUUGUGAUUGAAAUAUUUCAAAUAAUCUACUAGCUGAUGUUAUGUUUU